AUGAGCACCAGCAUUUAGACAACUAGAACUGUCUCAGUCCCUGAAGUCGAAAGCGUUUAUGAAUUCAUAGAUACUAUAACACCAGCUGUGAUAUCUAGAGGAAUAGAUGAUUAUUACUAAUUCAUGACUAUCGGAUUUAUCUUGUUAUUCCAACUUGGAUACUUCCUCUUUGAGUUUGGAUCAGUAAGGAAAAAGAACUCAGAUACCAUCCUAAUAAAAACCUUCAUUAUACUUAUCAUGACAUGCUUCACUACUUUCUCAUUCGGAUAUGCAUUUGCCUAUGGUGAAUCUUACUUCAUUGGAGUGAAGUACUACUUCACUUCAUUUUCAGUCAAUGAUAAUACAGAAGAGAGAAACGAGAUCCGCUGGGUACUGUUAUUCGCUGCAUCAAGUAUGACUACCUAGCUCGCAAUGUCUGGCAUCUAAGAGAGAACGAAAAUGAUCGUACCAUGGAUUUAUUCAAUCAUAAUUACACUUGCUAUUUUUCCAAUAGUAAUUGGUUGGACAUUAGGAAAAGGUUUUAUGUAUAAACUAGGUCUUAAGGAUUUCUCAGGUUGUGCGGCUAUUCAUUUAGUAGCAGGUUUCUGCUCUCUAUUUGGUUCAAUGGUGGUUAAACCUAGAUUAGGUCGAUUUGUACCAUUAGCUAUUAAGAAAAUGCAAGGAAACAAAGAAAUAUAUCUCUAGCAUAUUCAAAAGUAAUUCAUUCAGUAAAGAGUUAAUCAAGUAGCAAAGGAGUUGGUAUUUAAUAAAGACAAAAGUUUUGAAGCUUAUGUUGAAAAAUCAAGGAAAUUGAUAAAGAGAGUUGAUAACGAUAACUUCUAUACUAUGAACAAUGAGAUUGUAAAUUUCAUGGGCUCAAUUUUGAUGUGGUUUUCGCUCUGUCAUAUAUUUAGUGGAUUUAAUCUAAGUGUAUAUUCUCAGAGAUAUGAAGUUGAAAUCGCUUACUUAAACUGCUUGGUUUCUGGAGGUUUUGGAGGAAUUACGGCACUAAUUGUUAAAUCUGUCCUAGACUAGGUCUACCUCAGUAAAGCAAGAAAAAGUGGUACUAAGUUUAUGGCUAAAUCCAGUUAUGAUUAUUCAACCUAAUUUUCUAAUCCCUUAGCUUAGUAUGACUUAUUUGUCAUGGGAAGAGGUCUAAUUGCAGGUUCAGUGAUGGUAUCAGCUCCAGGAAUUUAUUACAAGACUUGGAUUGUUGUGUUUUUGGGAGCAAUAGGAGGAGCCGCCUAUGUUGGAACAUCUUUUGUAAUGCAGAAAUUUAAAUUAGAUGAUCCAUUUCAUGUGUUUCAAACUCACGGUGUACCUGCUAUGCUUUCACUGAUACUUAUUGUCUUAUUUCAUAAAGAUACAGGUAUUUUCUUUACUGAUCCAAAUGCUAUUGUAACUUAGGAAAAACUUUAGGAAAUUAUUUAAGUCUUUGGUGCUAACAUGUUAGGGGUAAUAAUAGUAAUCUUUUGGUGCGCAGUAUUCACCUUCCCUUAUUUCAUUAUCAUCAAGAAAUGUUGUUUGAGAGUUACUAAAGUUACUGAAUUGAUUGGCCUUGACUUGACUCAACUUACCUUGGGAAAGAAAGAGAUUAGAAACUACGUUCAAUUCGUCAUCACUGAGUAUUUCCCUGAAAACUCAGGAGAAUACCUACUUAAGAAAAAGAGAUUACUUGAAAUGGCUAAGAAAGGUAAACUCUAAGCUAAAAAGCAGUUGACUAAAGAAGAACUCACGAAGAUUAAAGAGAUGCUUGAUCAAUAAAUUAGAGAAGUCUUUGGUUCAAGCGAUGAACAAAAGUUUACACCAUUUGUUAAUGAAAAGACUUAUUAAAAAGAAGUAUCCGAUUAUGAUAUGAAGCAGAGGUAGAAGGGAAUGACUUUCCAAGAACCUAUCAAAUAAGAUCUUUAAUUUGAGAUGCACAGUCCAUCGAGAAAGUAAUAAACAGCAAAAUACUAGAAAGCCAAUAGGCUAGAUUCGAGUGAAUAAGAUGACAUGGAGGUUAGAUUAAAUCCUAAAGACAAUAGCUAUAAAUAUGUAGUAGAUUAAGAUAGUCAUAAGCCUAGCUUUAAGGAAGAAAAGAAAAAGUAGCAAUUAUAGCCAAAGAAAGUUUUAGAUGCAGACGAUGAAGACAAUGUAAUUUAUUCAUUCAGAGAGAAGCCCUCAUAGCCAUCUAUGAAUUAAUCAAAGAAGUAGGGCACUCCUAUUAAAUCUCCAAGCAUUAUAAAUAACUAAUUCAAGAAAUAAACAGGAAUACAUGUUGCAGAUACCAGUUAAAGCGAUAGUGGUAGUGUAACACAUGAAGGUGAGUUAUCAAACUCUAGCUCAGAAAACCAAAGCGAUUAAGCUGCAGAUGAUAGCAUGGUAAGACACAAUGUUGGCUUGGCACAAAACGAAAAUGUGAUUAACCCUAAGUCAAAUAGGAAGAGCACAAUGAGAAAGAGUGGAGUGAAUAAAGUAGGAACUGUUAACAAUCUAGGAUUUGGAAUUGGAACAGUAACAAUUGCUGCUUAGAAUGAUUAGUCCAAAUAAAUGGUGAGUGAUUUGUCAUAGUUCUAAGAUAGCUCAUUCAACAGUAGACCAAAUAUGCACUCAAAAAAGACAACAUAGGAUAUGAGAGGACAGAAUUUUGGAUUUGCUCAUUCAAGAAAUAACACAAAUACCACAAACUAGAGAAGUACCAAUUAGAAAAGAUGA